AUGACGCUUCAGAAACUCGUCCCCUUGGCCAUUCGCCCGCUGCGUUCUUCUCUCCAGUCGACAUCGAGGGCCGUCGUGACGACCUCGCGACCUGCGACCUUGAACCUUCGCCAGCCCGCCCAGCAUGCGCGAUGCUUCACCUCGAAACCCCCGAAGGCCGCCGCCGGCGAAGCUUCGAACCCGGCCAUGGCCUUUCCCUGCCUCGACGCCCUAGAGACCCGGUCCGCGACCCUGCGAGCGAGCUUUGAGUCGAGCGGGCCCGAACCCUCCUACACAUCUGGUGCGACGCAGACAUAUCACUGCCAGGAGCCUCUUGUCCUCGACUGGGGCGGCAUGCUGCCCGAAUUCAAGAUUGCCUACGAGACGUGGGGCGAGAUGAACGCCGACAAGUCCAACGUCAUCCUCCUACACACAGGCCUUUCGGCCUCCUCCCACGCCCACUCGACCGAGGCCAACCCGGCGCCGGGCUGGUGGGAGAAGUUCAUCGGCCCCGGCGGCCCCCUCGACACGGACAAGUACCACGUCAUCUGCACAAACGUCAUCGGCGGCUGCUACGGCUCGACGGGCCCCAGCAGCACCGACCCCGCCGACGGCCAGCACUACGCCACGCGCUUCCCCAUCCUGACCAUGGAGGACAUGGUGCGCGCCCAGUUCCGCCUCCUCGACAGCCUCGGCGUCAAGAGCCUCUACGCGAGCGUCGGCUCCAGCAUGGGCGGCAUGCAGUCCCUCGCCGCCGGCGUCCUCUUCCCCGACCGCGUCCGUCGCAUCGUCUCCAUCAGCGGCUGCGCGCGGAGCCACCCCUACAGCAUCGCCAUGCGCCACACCCAGCGUCAGGUCCUCAUGAUGGACCCCAACUGGAAGCGCGGCUACUACUACGGCGACCUGCCGCCCCACGCCGGCAUGAAGCUCGCCCGCGGCAUCGCCACAGUCACCUACCGCUCUGGCCCCGAGUGGGAGCAGCGCUUCGGCCGCCGGAGGGCCGACCCCAGCAAGCCCCCGGCCCUGUGCCCCGACUUUCUCGUCGAGACCUACCUCGACCACGCCGGCGAAAAGUUCUGCCUGACCUACGACCCCAACAGCCUUCUCUACGUCAGCAAGGCCAUGGACCUCUUCGACCUCGGCCGCGACAACCAGCGCGCAACCCGGGCCCGCCGCGCCGCCCGCGAGAGGGACCUCGCCUCCGGCAUCGCCCCGGCCGCCACAGACAUGGCCUGCAGCCUGACGCUGCCCGAGAAGCCGUACGAGGAGCAGCCCGAGUCGUCUUCGUCUUCUUCUUCUUCCUCCUCGGGCGGCGCCGCCGACGCCGCCACCGAGCACGCCGAGGUCUCCUCGCGACCGCCCGAGGACCUCAUCGCCGGCCUCGCCACGCUGCGCGACACGCCGACGCUCGUCAUGGGCGUCGCCAGCGACAUCCUCUUCCCUGCCUGGCAGCAGCGCGAGGUGGCCGAGGCGCUGAAGCUCGCCGGCAACCGCAACGUCGCCCACUACGAGCUCAGCGAGGAGAUGAGCAUGUUCGGCCACGACACGUUCCUGCUCGACCUCAAGAACAUUGGCGGCAACCUGAAGAACUUCCUCGGCUGA